AAAUAUACAAUACACACCGUGAAUAAUCAAUAAGCACAGUACUUUCUGGUUGUGCCUUUGCCUUUCUCACUUGAACAGGGCUAACAAGAAUUAUCAGCUGCACCAGAAAAGCCUUGGAAAGUUAGAAGAUAAGAUCUGUGGAAACCCAGACUAACUGAAAAAACAAAAAACUAAGGGUACCCGGAAGAACCAGUCCACCAUGCCUGAAGUGAAAGACCUUUCGGAAGCCUUGCCGGAGACAUCAAUGGACCCUAUCACGGGCGUCGGGGUGGUGGCGUCUCGGAACCGAGCCCCGACAGGCUAUGAUGUAGUGGCACAGACAGCAGAUGGCGUGGAUGCUGACCUCUGGAAGGACGGCUUAUUCAAGUCCAAGGUUACCAGAUACCUGUGUUUCACAAGAUCAUUUUCCAAAGAAAAUAGUCAUUUGGGGAACGUGCUAGUGGACAUGAAGCUCAUUGACAUCAAGGACACACUGCCCGUGGGCUUCAUCCCAAUCCAGGAGACGGUGGACACACAGGAGGUGGCUUUUAGAAAGAAGAGGCUGUGCAUUAAAUUUAUCCCCCGGGAUUCCACAGAAGCGGCCAUUUGUGACAUCCGAAUCAUGGGCCGGACCAAGCAAGCACCUCCUCAGUACACAUUUAUCGGGGAACUGAACAGCAUGGGGAUCUGGUACCGAAUGGGCAGAGUGCCAAGAAACCACGACUCGUCCCAGCCCACCACGCCUUCACAGUCAUCGGCCGCCUCCACCCCAGCCCCCAACCUGCCCAGGCACAUCUCUCUAACGCUGCCUGCCACCUUCCGAGGUAGGAACAGCACCCGCACGGACUACGAGUACCAGCACUCUAACUUGUAUGCCAUUUCAGCAAUGGAUGGCGUGCCUUUUAUGAUUUCAGAGAAGUUCUCCUGUGUUCCUGAAAAUAUGCAGCCCUUUGACCUCCUGGGAAUCACCAUCAAAUCCCUAGCAGAAAUUGAAAAAGAGUACGAGUACAGCUUCCGCACGGAGCAGAGCGCGGCUGCCCGGCUCCCGCCCAGCCCCACCCGAUGCCAGCAGAUCCCCCAGUCCUGAAGAACCGGCCAGAGCCGGCCAUCUGGGGGGGAGAAGACGCCUUCUGUCUGGUGCCCACACACUACUGACGGGGUGGCUGGGGGGGUAGGGAACCCCCCUCCCUCGCCCGCCCCUGCCACCCCCUCCCUUGGCACCAGCCAGCCCUUCUCUCAGCGUGCCCAGGCCCGCCCACUACCCCGGAGACUGGCAGCUGAGUGGCCCUGUCUGGCUCAUCAGCUUGCUUGAUGAGACACCCCCGCCCCCAGCCCAUAAUCGUGACUAAUCUGUGUGUGCUGUAGUGACCAGCAGCUCCCACGUGUCUGUGAUGACCAUUAUGCAAGUCCUCCUCACCCAGAGUCACCCCCCCAGGGCCAGGCAGCCACCCCUGACGUCCAGUGACGCCUGCCGGCCCCUUUGCUCCUGCCCAUCACCCACAAAGCCAACUGCCCCCCCUCCUGGAAGACCCUGGGGUUGGCCUUCGGGACACGCAGAUGUCCUCUGAGCCAGGGCUGCCCACGGGCUCCCCACCCCUCUCCUGGGCUUUGCAGCAACCCCAAGACAAUGUGAGAAGGGUUUUACCCUGCCCCACACCGCACAACCACGUUCUUCUCCACGGUUCACACACUGGACGUCCCGGGACUGGUGUGGAAGGGGGCCUUGCUUCCUGGGGCGCUGACUAUGUGCAGGGCGCCAGCCUGGAUGUGAGCCAGGCCGCCAGGCGCUGCUCCUCCACACCCCGUACACCCCCCAAAGGGCUCACGUGCAGGACACCACCUGCCAACAACAGCUCUACCUGCCUCGGCCCUCAGGUGACCCCGCAUGGUGACUGCUCCAAGGCACAGCUCCUCGCCGAGCCGGACGCAGCGGGAACAAGGCCCCGCUCAGCCAGGAGACGCCUCUCCAGUGUCCGGUGGAGAUUUGAGGCGAACCCUGUGUGUGGUGCCAUGGCCACUGUGGGCCUUGCCAGCCCUGAGAGCUGGCCCUCUCGCCCUAACAGGCUGCCUCUCAGUGUCUGGCUGCUGGGGUUCAUCCCGAUUCCGUAGACUACAGGCCUCCGACACCCCGUGUCCCCAGAGGGUCUGCCCAGACGCGAGGCCACGGUGGGUCACCAGGCUGAUGACGACGAUCGUGGGGCCUCUGCCAGCCACGUUCCAGAGAUGGCAGCCAGGUAGGGAUGGGAGGACAAAGCAGCCAAUGGGAUUGGCUAAGAGCCACGGCAGGGCCCAAAAUACCUCACAUACCUGCGACAGUCCCUCGGUGGGCACACUGCCUCCUCCAUCCGUCAGUCCUGCGUCUUCACCUGCCACAUCUUGGUUUCUGGAAAUGGUGGCCUUGGGACCUUGUCACCUCCCGCAGGACCUCCAGACCUCGCGGGCCGCCAGGCAACUUGUGGAGGCUGAGGAAGUCAAGGUGCCAGCCUCCGGAGGGCCGGGCGAGGGCUCACCACAGAGGGCUGCACGCAACUCCCUCGCCGUGAUCCCAGCCCUGUGCGUAGCCACCUGCUGCUUUUUUUAUGGUGGCUGGCCCAACGCCGAGAGGCCUGUGUGACCCAGAGAGAGGUGACACCCGGUGGGUGAUGCGGAGCUCCGGGCUCCCCUGUCCAUUUCAUUUUAGUCGGUGCACUUUGUCCUUCAACCUCUUCCCACGCCCCAGUGGUGAGACUGUGACGGGUCACUUCCCGAUGGCCUUGCCACCCCCUCGUCGGAGAACGAGACUUCUCCGCGGCCCUGUGGGGCUCUGGGAGGCCCGAGGUGAUGACGUGGGACCCCGUGGCAGCGAUGGAGAAGACAGAACAGGGGUUGUGGGGGGAGGGAGAGCCACAGAAGAAAGAGGCCACCCCAGUGUCCCCCCGCCCCGACUCUGCCGGGCCACACGGCCCCCAGGAAGAGGGCAAACUGCGGAGAUGUCCAGGACGGGACCGGCUGAGUUUCAGAAUAGCCUUGACUGUGAACCACGGCAGCUCUCGCAGACGGAGCACUGACCUGUGGAGUCUGGGAGAUUUCAGGCUGCUCUCCUCUUUGGAGAGGCGGGUGGCGUGUGCACGUGUGGAUCACAUGUGUUUGCGUGUGAGUGACACAUGUGCACGCGUGCAUCCCAGCCACACGUCAGACUCUAUCAGGCCGCAGAGGCCGGAGGCGGGCCUCUGGCUCACGCCCGUGUACCUGGAGGUGGGCCAGGAGCCGUGGGCGCUCCCCACUGCGGGAAAGGAAGCACAAGGAUUGUCUCGGAAAUGUGAAUGGCCCAAGGCCUCUCCCUUGGAUCCACCCAACGUGUCCCACAUCGGCUACCGUCCCUGCACGGUGCCCCCUGCCCUCCUAAAAGACCUGACAAGAGCACAGCGCCUGGACCCUCUCCAGGGGCCUGGAAUGUGGCGCACGGAUGACUGGCGGGAGGUGCUUUGCCCCCGUUCACUUGCAACUUAUCAGAAGGUCUCCCUCCCCCCCACACACUCAAGUCCAAGAAGAGAGGCCAGCCUCAGGUGAAGAGAUCGCACCUGCCCUGGCUGCUGCUCAGAGGCGUGUGGCUGCAGACACCGGCCGGCGUCCCCCGGUCAAUGAGAAGGCCCAGGAGGAGCCGGGACUAGCGUUCUGAGCACCUCACCCCUGCCAGGCCCACAGCCGGCAGCCUAAGCACAUUCCCCUGCUGCUCCCCGCUUCCAGACAAGACACUCAAAGCAGGACCGGGGCGGGGGGCGUAGGCUAGAAUGCAGCAGGUAAGCUCUGGCUCUGAGGCCCCCCAGACCGGCAGCCUGUCCUAAGCCCAGGCUGGCCUUGGUUUCUAGCCCUGUGGAUGGACUCCGUGUCUGUCACCAGGCCCUGGUGGUGCCCACAACACAGAAUUAGGAUUCCCGGACAGCCCUAACCCCCUGCACCUAGCCACCCCCCCCCCCAGCUGCUGGCUGCCCCAUCACACACCAGCUUCUGAGAAGCAGAGGGGCAGAGGGUCCACGACCAGCAUCCGCGUGCCACCGGGCCAUGCAAAGCCGGCCUCGCCUUCCGUCUGCACGCGCCUGACCCCUGCUGCCUGAGGGAGGAGGCCAGGCACCUGCGCCGCCUCCGCCUCCCGCAGGUAGCUGGGCACUGAGAGCCCCGCCCCGCCCUCCGCUCUGCCCAGGGCCGCAGGGCCUGCCGAGGGCCAGGCCGGGCCGCUCGCUGCAGCCGGCAGGAAACCAGGCUUUGUUCUCGAGCAAAGAGCGGCGAGCUGCUGGGCGGCCGCUGGCCUUGGCGAGGACUUUCCUCCCGCGUAUUUAUUCAAGGUGACUCUACUUGGCAAAGGAAGUCUCACUGUGCGGUUGUCUGUAUUCUUAAUAUAAUUUGUUAAAUAAACAUUUGUUUUAACCUC